AUGGAGGAAAAUACUAGUUCAUGGUUACAGAGGGCGAAAUAUUCUCAUACCGUGUGUCAUCGCUUGGAUACAUCGAGGAUGAAAUCGACUCCGUUCAACACAGAACAGGAACAAAAUUCAAGAUUUUCUUCGUAUGUUAAGAGGAAUCUUUUAACCAACAAGCAGAGAUCUCUGUCGCCAUUGCCCAUAAAUUCCAUUUCCGAUGUCUUUAGAGAAGCCAAACAUGAACGGAAGAGGUUCUCGACGCCAGGUCCUAGUAGGGACAAGACGAUUAUGGGAAAGGUGUCGUCAAGCAAGGAAUCUCGGGAACUACCUAAGGUGUCGAGUUCGAAAUCACCUUUUACGAGUCCGAACAGGCAAAAGAUGCCGAAGGGCCUUAGGAAGGAUUCUUCAUGGACUAAGCUUUUUGAAAGCGGCGGCGGUGGUGGAAAGGUUACUGCUUUGGAAACAGCUGAGGAAUGGACUAUUGACAUGUCGAAACUGUUUCUUGGCCAUAAGUUCGCUCAUGGCGCUCAUAGUAGGCUUUAUCAUGGUGUAUAUAAAGAGGAGGUUGUAGCUGUUAAAAUGAUUAGGGUACCUGAUGACGACGAUAACGGAGAGUUGGCUGCUCGAUUAGAGGAUCAGUUUGUUAGAGAAGUCACCCUUUUAUCUCGCCUUCAUCAUCGAAAUGUUAUAAAGUUCAUAGCUGCGAGCAGCAAUCCCCCGGUUUAUUGUAUUAUCACAGAAUAUAUAUCCGAAGGCUCCUUGAGGGCUUAUUUGCAUAAGCUGGAGCGCAAAACUAUUUCUCAUGAGAAGCUAAUCGCUUUCGCUUUGGAUAUCGCUCGUGGAAUGCAGUAUAUACACUCUCAAGGUGUCAUUCAUAGGGAUCUUAAACCUGAGAACGUCCUUAUUGAUGAAGACUCUCGUCUUAUACUUGCUGAUUUCGGCAUUGCUUGUGAGGAGGCCGUAUGCGACCUAUUGGCUGAUGAUCCUGGAACAUAUCGUUGGAUGGCACCUGAAAUGAUCAAAAGAAAAUCCUAUGGGAGAAAGGUUGAUGUGUACAGUUUUGGGCUUAUCUUAUGGGAAUUGUUGACCGGAACAAUUCCGUACGAGGAUAUGAAUCCAAUCCAGGCUGCUUUUGCUGUUGUCAAUAAGAAAUUAAGGCCGAUUAUUCCUCCAAACUGCCCACCUGCAAUGCAAGCUUUAAUCGAGCAAUGCUGGUCGCUGCAACCAGAUAAGAGGCCUGAUUUCUGGCAGAUUGUCAAGGUAUUAGAGCAGUUUCAAUCUUCCCUUGCCCGUGACGGAACGCUAACUCUAGUGCAGAAUCCUCGUUGCCAAGAUCAAAAGAAAGGGCUUCGUCAUUGGAUUCAAAAGCUUGGUCCGGUUCAUCAAAAUAGCUACACCGGCCCUAAGCCUAAGCCGAAAUUUACAUGA